AUGGGGGACAACAGAGAAGAUGGCGGAAGACGUGAAGGAAAGCGAGGCAGCGACUCGGCUCCUGUGUCCGCCAGCUCUCGAGGAAAGUGCGUCCGCCUCACGACUCGUGCCCUGGGAGAACUUUUCAAACUGGGUCCACUGCAUCUGUGUUGUGGCCUUCGAUCUCGAACUGGGCCAAGCGUUAGAGGUGGUGCUCCCGAACGAUGUACCGCUCUCAGAAAAAGAGAAAACGAGCAUCUGCUACCUGGCCUUCCCGGACUCCAACUCGGGCUGCAUGGGGGACACGCAGUUCCAGUUCCGGAUCCGGCAGUGCCCGCUGCCGCAGCGGCCCCUGAGCCCCGCGCUAGUGGCCUACAAUGCGGCCGUGGCCACUGCCUUACAGGUGGACCCCGUCUACUUCCACGGCUACGUUUAUUUCCGGCAGGUGAAGGACCCCAACGUCCGCAGGGGGUACCUGCAGAAGUCCUUGGUGGUGCUGACACGGCUACCCCUGGUGGGGCUCUUCUCCCGUGUGCUCUCGCUUGUGGCCCAAGAAUACUUCCGCACGGGUCAUCCCAGCCUUGAGGCCGCGUGUCGCAGCAUGGACAGCUGGCCGUCUCCUGCGCCCGGACGGUCCCUGGGUCUCCCGCUGCAUGGAUUAGUGGUGCAGGCACGGAUACCGACGCUCCAGGGCCUGGGGAGGCCCCUGGCCCCACCCCCUUCGAGCACCCCUCAGGGGGGCCUCAUCGACCCGCUGCCCUCCGUACAUGAGGUGGACAUCUUCAGGUGCCUCCUGCCGAUGCUGUCACACGUACAACUCCUCUGGGAGCUGGUCCUGGUGGCAGAGCCCGUGGUGGUGAUGGCGUCCUCACCGGCCGUCUGCUCGGAGACGGUGCACGCCCUGGUGGGGCUCAUCUGGCCCCUGCGGUUCUGCGCUGACUACCGGCCCUUCUUCACCAUCCACGACAGCGAGUUCAAGGAGUACACCGCAGGAUCGGGCUGCCUACCCUCCGUGAUCCUGGGAGUGACCAAUCCAUUCUUUGCCAAGACCUUGCAGCACUGGCCUCACGUGCUGCGGCUUGGCGACAACCCCUUUCCAGACUCCCCCCAGAAGCUCAAGAAGGCGGGGCAACUACGUACCUUGGACAGCAAACCAGGGCUCUACACCCACUACAAGCCUCUCCUUCAAAAGGACAAGGUGCUGCUUAAGAAGCUGUCCAAGGGCAUCCAGACGAAGAGGCCCAUGGAGGUUCAGAGUGCACUGCUCAAGCGUUACCUCCUAGAACUCACACAAAGCUUCAUGAUCCCCCUGGAGCGGUACAUGGCAAGCCUGAUGCCCCUCCAGAGGAACAUUUCCCCCUACAAGGGGACGCCAUCGCUGGGACCCUUCCACCAAGAAGACUUUCUGCGCAGCCUGGAGACCUCGGGGCCCCAGCUCACUACAGGCACCAAGGGCGACUGGGCAGCCCUCUACAGGUGCGUAAAUCAGCUGGACCGCAAGCGGCGCCGGCAGGUGGUAACUAGACUGAGACUCCGGUUUGGCCGCAGGAAGUUCUUCCGAAGCAGCAACUUUUCGGGCUGGUACCGGGGCCGCUGCAAGGAAGCCUCCCAGAAACUCCAGGCCCUACACGCGGAAGCAAUCUCGGAUGCCGACCUGCUGCUCUGGACCAGAGACAAGCAGGAAGUGGAAGUGGUCGAUCUGGUGCUACGGCUGAAGGACAAACUGAGUUCCGGCGAGAAGGGCAGCCUACCGGUGACCCCGCAGACCAUGGCCAAGCUGCGGCAGCACGUACAGACCAUAGUGUCUGGACUCCCCGAAGACCUCCAGCAGGUCCUGGCCUCGAGCCGGUGACGAGAACAGAUGCCUCCACGAGGAGGGGAAGCGAGAAGACACGGCAGGGAGGGAUCCGUCUUUUAUUACACGAGUAAAAAGUCUUACUUACCGACCGAAA